AUGCAGGAAGUCGAUUAUUUUAACGAUACAUUGAGCGAACCCGGCGGCGGCGGCGGUGGCGGUGGUAUCGGCACGGCCGGUGACCACGGGCGAGGAGAAAUUGAAGUAAAACCGACCAACCGGAAUCAUUCGAGAAAAUGCAGCUACGAUUUGCUGGACCACCGCAGGUUUAACAAAUGCGAUGAAAAUGUAAAUUACACCGCAGACCCGCUGCUGGCGCUCAGCUCGCCGUCGUCUUCCGACGAGGAUAACUCUCCUACCGAAUUGAACAAUUGUAUUAAGUUUGUGGAGAAACCGACCUUGAUCAAGCGGUUCGCCAUGGGCUUCCUGCGCUCGAACGAGGAAAGUUUGCCGCUGAUGUACCAUAAAUCAUCGCCCACGUCACCGCAGAAGCAGCUGAACGCCAUCCUGACGGAGGAUAUUUACAGUCUGGAUCAAAUCGUAUCGAGUAAAUUUGGUGACUCGUGCAAACAGUCCUUCACCACGGAUGCGAGUCACCAUCAGCAGCAGCAACAGCAUCAGCGGUACCAGUCUAACCUUGCACCUUCUUCACCUCUUAUGCCCCGGCAUGGACCCGACGUCGAGUAUGAGUUCCGCCGUAAACUGCUGAUCCGAAAGACCAACAGUGCCAAUUCCAGCCCGAAGCGAAUGUUCGUACCGAACAUUAAGCGGACGGAUAGUUUGAACAGCAUCGAGGAUAAUGAUCUGGACAGUGCAUCCUGGUUUCAAGCGGGACUACCGCGAGAGAUUUCCCUGGAGGUGCUAACGCAGCGAGCUCCCGGUGCUUUUCUAGUUCGCCGUAGCACUACGAAGCAGGGCUGCUUUGCACUAUCGCUGCGCGUUCCACCGCCGGGUCCGAAAGUGGUUCACUAUUUGAUACUGAAAACCGAACGAGGAUAUAAAAUUAAGGGUUUCACGAAGGAGUUCUCCUCGUUACGAGCGCUGAUAACGCACCAUUCCGUAAUGCCGGAAAUGCUUCCGGUUCCGCUGUCACUGCCCCGGCCCCAGAAUAUUCCCAUCAAGUGCAAACGCGUCGACGACUACGACAGCUACAGUCAGCUGCACGAAUUUUCCAAACUGUUUUCUGAUUUGGAUCUAUGA